AUGACGACCUCUUCAGUUAGAAAACACAGGUCGACCACCUCGCCUUCCACACCGCCCAUACGACGAACCCCUUCGGUUAGAAACCCAGGCACGACCACCUCUCCUACCAACAUUGCCCAUACGACGACUCCUUCGAAACACAGAAACACAGGCACGACCACCUCGCCUACCAAUACCACCGACACGACGGCCUCUUCGGUUAGAAAUACAGGUACGACCACCUCGCUUUCCAACACAGCCGACACGACGACCCCUUCGAAACACAGUCACGACCACCUCUCCUUCAACACCGCCGACACGACGACCCCUUCGGUUAGAAACACAUGCACGACCGCCUCUGCUACCAACACCGCCGACACGACGACCUCUUCGGUUAGAAACACAGGCACGACCACCUCUGCUACCAACACUGCCGACACAACGACCUCUUCGGUUAGAAACACAGGUACGACCAUGUCGCCUUCCAACACCGCCCAUAUGACAACCCCUUCGGUUAGAAACACAGGUACGAGCACCUCUGCUACCACAACCGCCGACAUGACGACCUCUUCACCGGACACGACGACCCCUUCGAAACACAGGUACGACACCUCUGCUACCAACACCGCCGACAUGACGACCUCUUCAGUUAGAAACACAGGCACGACCACCUCUGCUACCAACACUGCCGACACAACGACCUCUUCGGUUAGAAACACAGGUACGACCAUGUCGCCUUCCAACACCGCCCAUAUGACGACCCCUUCGGUUAGAAACACAGGUACGAGCACCUCUGCUACCAACACCGCCGACAUGACGACCUCUUCAGUUAGAAACACAGGUACGACCACCUCUGCUACCAACACCGCCGACAUGACGACCUCUUCAGUUAGAAACACAGGUACGACCACCUCUCCUACCAACACCGCCCAUACAACGACCCCUUCGAUUAGAAACACAGGUACGACCACCUCGCCUUCCAACACCACCCAUACGACAACCCCUUCAGUUAGAAACACAGGUACGACCACCUCGCCUUCUAACACCGCCGACACGACGAUCCCUUCGGUUAGAAACCCAGGCACGACCACCUCGCCUUCUAACACCGCCGACACGACGACUCCUUCGGUUAGAAACACAGGUACGAUCACCUCGCCUUUCAACACCACCCAUACAACGACCCCUUCGGUUAAAAACACAGGUACGACCAUUUCGCCUUCCAACACCGCCUAUACGACGACCCCUUCGGUUAGAAACACAGGUACGACCACCACGCCUUCCAACACCACCCAUACGACGACCCCUUCGGUUAGAUACACAGGUACGACCACCUUUCCUACCAACACUGCCCAUACGACCCCCUCGCCUACCAACACUGUCGACUCGACGACCUCUUCGGCUAGACAUACAGGUACGACCAAUACAGAUGGCGCAACGACCCCUUCGGUUAGAAACACAGGCAUGACCACUUCUACUAACAGCGCUGACACGACGACCCAUGCGAUUUUAGACACAGGUAUGACCACCUCUCCUACCAGCCCCGCCGACACAACAGCCCCUUUAGUUAGAAACAUAGACAGUACGACCCCUGUAGCUAGAAAUAUAGGUACGAACACCCCUAUUAAUACCACCAACACGACAACCACAUCGGCUAGAAAUACUGGUACGACCACCUCUUCUACUAACACCGCCGACACCAUAACCUCAGUAGCCAAAACCACAGGCACGACCACUUCUAAAAACACCAUCAACACGACGACCUCUGUAGUUAGAAACACAACCAUGACCACUUCUCCCAUUAACACCACAGACACGACGACCCCUGUAGCUAGAAACACAGCCGUUACCCCAUCUGCCAAUGCGUCUGACGAAAAUACAUCUGCUUUGGCUACUACUAAAGGUACUACUACAGCUAUAACCACCAACACAACCACUUCUGUUGCAGCGACUGCAUCCAGCGCAUCAGCCCCUGAUACAACGGCCAGCGGUACGCUGGUCACUGAUAUGACUAAUGGUGCGACAGGUACGACCACCCCUCCAACCAACACCGCCGACACCACGACCCCUUCGGAUAGAAACACAGACACGACCACCUCUCCUACCAAUACCGCAGACGCAACGACCUCUUCAACUAGAAACACAAGCACGACCACCUCUCCUACCAACACUGCCGACACGACGACCCCUUCGACUAGAAACACAAACACGACCACCUCUCCUUCCAACAUCACUAACACGACGACCCUUAUAACCGCAACCAGAACCACUUCUACUAAUACGACUUCUAGCGCUACAUCUGCUGGGACUACAGUUCUAGAUACAACCCUGUCUGUUACUACGGUGACUGACAAUAAAGCUACGUUUAUAACCACAGCUGCUACCCCUUCUGUCAAUACAUCUGCUGUGGCUAUAACCACCAACACAACCACUUCUGUUGCAGCGACUGCAGCCAGCGCAUCAGCCCCUAAUACAACGGCCAGUGGUACGCUGGUCACUGAUACGACUAAUGGUGCUCCCGUCCAUACGACUUCCACGCAUUCGACAGUGGUCACGACCAGCGGGGCCUCCGGAAGCGACACCACGACCCCCAACACUACGGUGUCCUCGCACCUCCCCUCUUGCGGCUGCGGGUGCAAGGCCAAUGUUACGUCUACCACUGUGAUCAGAUGCAAAAAGGGCGCCAAAGGUUGCAAGAAGCGUGGCAGCGUCUUCCUGAAGGUAUUGCAGAGAUUCAAACGCAACUAA